CCUCCCUGAACGCAUCCUUACGUUUCUACGUCAUGACGUAAUUCCCCUGCCCAGCCCUUCUUCUGUGUGCGUGCAGGCUCCGUCCCAGAACACAGACAUCAUGGCGUCCUUAUCGAUGGCACCGGUCAACAUCUUCAAACACGGAGCUGAUGAGGAGAAAGCUGAGACGGCUCGACUGUCGUCGUUCAUCGGAGCCAUCGCCAUCGGAGACCUGGUGAAGAGCACUCUGGGCCCCAAAGGCAUGGAUAAGAUCCUGCUGGGCGGAGGGAAAGGAGGCUCGGUCACCGUCACCAACGACGGAGCAACCAUCCUCAAAGCCAUCGGGGUCGAUAAUCCUGCUGCUAAAGUCCUGGUUGACAUGUCUAAGGUUCAGGACGAGGAGGUUGGAGACGGGACGACCUCCGUCACCGUGCUCGCUGCUGAGCUGCUCCGGGAAGCAGAGCUGCUGAUCGCUAAGAAGAUCCAUCCUCAGACCAUCAUCUCUGGCUGGAGGAAAGCUACACAGGUAGCUAGAGACGCUCUGAGGGAGGCAGCAGAGGACCACAGCAACGACGCGGCCCGUUUCCAGGACGACCUGCUGAACAUCGCCCGCACCACGCUGUCCUCCAAGCUGCUGACUCACCACAAAGAUUACUUCUCCCAGCUGGCCGUGGACGCCGUCAUGAGGCUGAAGGGCUCCGGGAACCUGGAGGCCAUCCACAUCAUCAAGAAGCUGGGGGGGAGCCUCACUGACUCCUACCUGGACGAAGGUUUCCUGCUGGAUAAGAAGAUCGGAGUGAACCAACCCAAGAGGCUGGAGAACGUCAACAUCCUGAUCGCCAACACAGGCAUGGACACAGACAAGAUCAAGAUCUUCGGCUCCAGGGUUCGUGUGGACUCGACGGCGAAGGUUGCAGAGAUCGAGAUGGCGGAGAAAGAAAAGAUGAAGGAGAAGGUGGAGCGCAUCCUGAAGCAUGGAAUCAACUGCUUCAUCAACAGACAGCUGAUCUAUAACUACCCAGAGCAGCUGUUUGCUCAGGCCGGGGUCAUGGCCAUCGAACACGCAGACUUCGCCGGAGUGGAGCGCCUCGCUCUGGUUACUGGAGGAGAGAUCAGCUCCACCUUCGACCACCCGGAGCUCGUCAAGCUGGGUCACUGCAAACUGAUCGAGGAGGUGAUGAUCGGAGAGGACACACUCAUCCACUUCUCUGGGGUCGCCAUGGGUGAGGCGUGCACCGUGGUGCUGCGAGGAGCGACUCAGCAGAUUCUGGACGAGGCGGAGCGCUCGCUGCACGACGCUCUGUGUGUGUUAGCUCAGACAGUGAAGGAGCCACGCACUGUUUAUGGAGGAGGUUGCUCUGAGAUGCUGAUGGCGAAGGUGGUGAGCGAUCUGGCCAAUCGGACGCCAGGAAAGGAGGCGGUCGCCAUGGAGUCGUUCGCCAAAGCUCUGAUGAUGCUGCCGACCAUCAUCGCUGACAACGCCGGCUACGACAGCGCCGACCUGGUGGCUCAGCUGAGAGCUGCACACAUGGAGAACAAGACCACCUGUGGCCUGAACAUGUCUGAAGGCGUGAUCGGGGACAUGGCGGAGCUGGGCGUCACCGAGUCGUUCCAGGUGAAGCGUCAGGUUCUGCUGAGCGCCUCGGAGGCUGCAGAGAUGAUCCUGAGAGUCGACAACAUCAUCAAAGCUGCUCCCAGGAAGCGCGUCCCGGACCACCACCCCUGCUAGAGGAGGAAGACGUCGGUUAUUUAAAGUUCCAGAAACGCUCCGCUGUGUUUUCUCUCUGUCAACUCUUUCUCUCUCUGUGGAACGACGUUUGUUUGUUUUGUUUACUGAAAAUAAAAGAACCAGAAUCCUCCUCAGA